GUUUGUUGACCAUCCAGUCUUCUUAACAUUCACCAUUUUUUAUUGAAAUAACAACCGACUUAGGUAACCUUCAACACCGACUGGAAAGACCCCACCCACGCCUCACAGUUAAGGCGCCUCGUCAGCCGGGGGCCACUGAUUGACUACAGGCAGUGUCUGCUGGUAUCGAUCCCUGGAUGCCGUGUUUACGUUCUUACUAUCACAGACUGCCGGCCAUUCAGUCUCGUCACCACAGCAAAAGAUUUUGGUGUAUGGAAUUGGCUGGUUAGUGCUCUAGAUACAAAUCAUGCCAUUGAGCAAAAAAAUAGACACCUUAAUGCUCAACAAUACAGAUUCCGUUAUGGACUUCAAUGUGUUGAUUGGGAACCUUACUACCGCUUCCCGCGACAAAACACAAGGUUUGUGUGGAGACUGGAAAGACGCCCAGCAUUACCUGUUCCAGCUAGCAAACCUGUGUCUGAUUCUGUCCUUCCUCAUACCUAAUCGGUUCCGCCAUCAUCCCCUUUGCCUCCGGUUAUUUCUAGGCCUCGGUUAUUUGUUCUUUUCUCUGUGGUCUGGCCUAAUUGUCUGUAUGCCCGAUGUCCUGGGCUGGUCUGCUGCCUUCUUUCUCGUGAAUCUUCUCUAUCUUUGCUAUAUUGGUUACAGAAUACUACCGUCACGAGCUAAUAAGCAUUUAGAUGAGUUGUAUAAAAACUUAUUCGAACCUUUGCAAGUGAGUAAAAUGGAGUACGACUGUCUUGUGAAACAGGGCUUUAUUCAUGAAUUGGAAAGAUGUGAUCAAUAUGCGACUGAAGGAAUUACACGAUGCGGCCAAAGAACAUCCAUUUUAGUAAAAGGCAGGUUAAAAGUUCAGUAUGAAGAUACGUUUGUACAUUACAUAGAAAAAAAUCAGUUUGUGGACUCCCCGGAGUACGAUUUAAGUCAUCGAUCCAUCCUUCUUGACAAAGAACAAACAUUUCAGGUUUCAAUACAAGCAGUAGAAAAAAGUGUCCUUCUAACUUGGACAAGAGACAAACUCAGUCAAAACUUGAAUUCAAAUCCAAGUUUGUCGGCCAUCUUUGACAUACUGAUCGGAAAGGACAUAAGUGACAAGCUAUAUCAGAUUCAGGAAAUGCUUCUCUUGAACCCCGAGUCUCCCCUAGGGCAGAAGAACGGAACAUGCGCACACAGAAUCCAAAGUGUUUGUCCAAGUCGAAACCCUUCACUGAUAAAUCUUCGGAGUGCCUUAGCAGCAAACGGUUCAAUGUCUAGUCAAGAUCACUUGAACACCUUUGGCUCUGAUUUUAACGGAUGGAGCUCGCAACUACACCCAGUGCUUUCUAUAAAAUCAAACACGUUUGAAAGCCAAGUCUGAAAGAGAGAGAGAGAGAGAGAGAGAGAGAGAGAGAGAGAGAGAGAGAUUGAGUUCGAUAUGUCUUC